AGGAUGUCAAGGAUUGGUUGAAUUCACCUCCAGGACGAGACUUCUACUACAUUCGAAAACAAACGCAGUAUAGAAAAAAUUAAUGCUAGUAUCAUACCCAAAUCACCUCAACGCGAAUGUCAGUUUUCCAGUUUAAAAUCACAUAUUCGCAGUAGAAACGCCAAAAUCAUGGAAUACGGGGAUAUCAGGAGCAGAUGGCAGCAGCGCUCGUAGCCAACAGGAAGAGCUAACUUAGCCUGCUAGCUUACAGACGAAUUUCACUACGGACAAAUCGACCAGAAAUUUGAAGGAAAGCCCGUCAGCAUGUUGAUGGUGGGCGACCAUGGAGGGAUCUUCUAGAAUGAGUGUGAGAGAGCUUUGUGAGACAGAUGAUCUGGCCACGAGUCUGGUGCUGGAUCCCUUACUGGGGUUCAGCACUCAUAAGAUGAACAUAAGUCCUCCCCCUGAGAUCCGGCGAUGGGGUUACCUCAGAGAGACACUUCUGCGGUUCAAACGCACACAUGACUUCCAGGCCACCUUUGAUGCCCUGUUGGAUGGGGAAUGGGUCAGUGGCUAUUUCACUGGGCUGGGUUCACACCGACAGGAGCUGUUGAAGCAGCACAUGUAUCGCUAUAUGACAGCAUUUCUGUUGGACAGUGGAGUGAGCAUCGAGCCAUGUAACCGCUAUUCCUCUGAGACUAAUGGAGCUAAAAUCACAUCCACCCGACACUGGCUUGUGGGAGAACGGGUGGAGGUCCUGCAGGGCUGUAUAGCUGAGCUGAGCCCUGAGGAUAGUGCCGUCCUCAGAGCAGGAGUGAAUGACUUCAGUGUCAUGUACUCGACGCGCAAGAGAUGUGCUCAGCUUUGGCUGGGGCCGGCUGCCUUUAUCAAUCAUGACUGCAGACCCAACUGUAGGUUUGUCCCUGGAGAUAAGAAUGGAGCUUGUAUAAAAGUGGUGCGGCCCAUCUCACCGGGGGAGGAGAUUACCAGUUACUAUGGGGACAGCUUUUUUGGAGAGAAUAAUGAAAUGUGUGAAUGUUGCACAUGUGAGAGGAGAGGAGAGGGAUCAUUUAAGAAGAGAGACCAGUCACCAGAUGUGGCUUGCUCUGGGGAUCCUUCAGGACAGAAAUAUGAGUUCAGAGAGACCGACCUAAGGCUUAACAGGAAUAGGGGAAAUGGCACCCCAAAGCCGUUUCUCACUGUAUCAAACUCCGCCUUGCCAAUGAGGAAUACAUAUUCCCAACGGACAAAGAGGAACGCCCUUGUUUUGAGCAAGAUGAGAAAGACUGAUAGGUGGAGGAGGAGGGAGGAGCAUUGCAAACAGGUGGAAAAGAGGACACAAAACCUCUUAUCAUCUUUUCCUCACCUCAAGCUAAAGGAGCUGAGCAUCAGCCUCUAUCAGCACAGCACAAAUUUCCUAUUAAGCUGUAAGGACCCCUUGAGCAAAGAAAGGGCCCUGCUAUACCUAAUUGAGAAAGUGCGACCAAAACCAGAGAGGAUCACAAAGAACAGCAAAUCUGUCUCUCCACCUCUCAGUAGUGCCAACAUAAAUGGACCGGAGGAGAGGAAAGAUGAGGAUGGAGACAUGUUAAAUGGAGACCCCGUAAUUAGAUUUAAACCCUUUACUCUUGAAUGUGUUUCCAGUGUACAUGAAAGAGACAGCAUGAAGGCCAAGGGAGGUAACAUUGAUGCAUCAUCUGUCAGAAUUGUCCACCAGGGCAUUUCCUCAAGGACCAGGAAUAUUCUUCGUAGUCGUCUGAGCAGUCUCCAGACAAGGAGGCGAUCUAAACUCUCCAGAUUCAACAAAAGGAGGACCAGACUGAUCAAAUCCAAUCCUAAACUCUCUACAGGGCAAAAUGAAUGCUCUGACUCACAGACACGAGAUGGGAAGCAGCAAAAAAGAAGCAAGGUCGUGUCUAUGGACACUACUAACCCUGUUGUAAUCUCUCCAGGUAAACCAUGUAAUGAUAAACAUGUACACGUUGAUGGAGACGCUGGGACUGACAGUGACAAAUCAUCACAAACAGAGAGCAUGGUGAUCAGAGAGACGCAGCAGAGUGUCUUUAGGGAUUGCCUCAGGGAAGUGGCUGGUGAUGUUAGUGCUUGUGUAGCUUCAGAGACCUCAGGGGAUAACAAGCAAAACCACAGGCAGACUGUCUCUUCUAGCGCUGUUAGCGAUACACCCUCCUUGUCUUCACCAUCUCUUAAUAGUCCUGUCUCUUUCCACUCAGGGUUAAAUCGUUACCUCAGAGUCAGUCUGGUCAGGGUGGCUAUCCCAGGAAAGCCAGAGGAUGAAAGUACAGGUCAGAGGGAGGCAGACAGUAGAAGAGACAAGGUUACGGCACCAGCAGCAGCGUCAGUACAGCAGAGCACAAAAUUUAAUGGGAGCAAAGACGGCAAUAGACAAGGUAAGAAAGGGGUGAAGGAGUUGUAUUUCACACCAGUAAAUAUGGAGAGUGCAGAUAAGUACUUAAAAGUAACAUGUGAUUUAGAGACUGGCAAAAACACAGUCACACAACCUGUUGCAAAAGAACUUGUGGAUGCGUACGGUAAGGAUAGCCACAGUGAGCAUGAAAUUGAAGGCAAGCAAGAUAAUAAAGUUGUAACGGUCGCGUCUGUUGAAGUUACAAUUCCCAAAAAUUCAGAAGUUGCUGUAAAGAAACGGAAAAGAGCCGAUAAGGAUGAGAAACAAGCACAUGUUGAACGCAUACCUGAGGUGCAGGAUAAAGAAAGCAUGAUCAAGAAGCAGGAAGAAGUAAUAGUUGAAGAAAAUCACUUGAAAAAGAAAGUGGUAACAGCACGUUUUGGUAGCAGGACUGUUGUUGUUAAAGAGGCAAGGGUACUGCUGAAGGAUAUUAGAAAGAAUUUGAGUUGCAAGUUUAGUCAACAAGAUAAGGACGCUAAUGACCACCAACCUCCGUGCAGUUACAGUGGUAAAAGAGAAGCUGAUAAUAUAAAGACACUAUCACUUACUGACAAUAAAGAGACAAAGGACAAGCAUGAAGCACUUAAUAACGGGAAUGAGAACCCUAAUAAAGGACUCACGGCAGCUGAUCAUCCAAAUAUACAUGAAGAUACUCAAGUGAAACAGUCAGAAAACACUUUGAUUUCCUCAGAACCUCUAUCCAUGUGCAAGGUUUCUCUGGAUCACAGUCCCCAGAGCAGCAUUCCCUUAAAGAAACGAGCAUUUCGAGAAUCGCUUGAUACAGACCCAGAACAGGAUAUUAAUGUUCCUGCAACGCCAUGUACUGAUGUCAGUAAAGGCAAAGAACUCAAUUCGGACAAUCUGUUACCUAAGCCAAGCGAAAGCAGCAGUGUGGAUACAACAUUGUUGAAACAUUCAGAAUCAAGUUUAACUCUCAAAGCCAAUGUUGGGUCCAAAAAGCGUGGCUCAUCCAAGUUGAUAAAGACUUCGUCUAAACAAUACUGUAAAGCUCUUCAGAGUGCUCAUCGUGGACCAGGGAGAAGCAAUGUCAGAGUUCCUGAAUGCAGAGAUGGCACAAGUAAUGUACAUGUUUGUGAGAGGACAAUCAAUGACCCUAAGCAUGAAACAUCUAAAAUGACAGAAGCAGACAAUUGCAACAUGGGAGAGGAGAACCAAGCGAAAAGUGACAAAAGAGUAGAAGGAAGAAAGAAAGGACCAGGGGACUGUGAGAUUACAGAUAAUAUUGAGCAUGCCGUCAGUGAUGAGUUGUCUACCUCAAAUGUUUCGGAUAACACGGAAGAAGAGCAGAAGCUUAUCCGCAGAAUCCGCCUUAAGAGGAAGAGGGGAAAGGAGUGGGCAAUGGAGUGUACGGAUGAGGCAAAAAGUGUUGCGGACAAGUCAAGCCCACAGCAAUGCUUGGCUUUAGUUGACCCUUUUAGGGCCAUUUUGGAUUCUGUCUCAAUUUUAAAUGCAGAAAUGGAGAGAAUUCGGGGUCAUGGGGAGGCCGAUAACGGCGUAGGUUUGGAGAAAGCCACCAAAGCAGUUCAAGACGUGCUGGAACAUUGCAGAAAAGAAUGUGCAGCUAAGCCAUGUAAAAGACAACAAAAACUAUCGGCUGUUUGCAUUAACAAGAAGAACGUUAGUACACCAAAAGAAAUUGUUCAAGACAGUAGUGAUGUUACCGACAAGCAAAUACAACAAAAAUCAUCUGACCCAAAAAUUGAGGCAGACGUUGAUGACAUUAAACCGUUGCCUCUGAUUAGAUUGUGCAGGAGAGCUGAAGGCAAGUGGGAGGUGGAGUGGAAAGAAGCUCACAGUGAAGAUGGGAGCACUGAUACUGUGCACGGGGAGCCAGAGAAAUUAACAUCUGUCUUCUCUACAGCAGCAAUAGUGGAGCAGAUGCCUCUCGGCAAUGUUAAAGACGAAAACCCGUCUCAGUGCCAGCAACUAAUGGCGGGGCGUAGUUGUACCAAGGGGACAGAGACCUUCAGAGAUCCACUGAGUUUUGAGACUUCACCCUUACCAUUAUCCCUUUCACCUUUGUCACUUUACUCUCCCUGUUAUGAUGGGCUGGCAGGAGUUAGUAAUGUCAGUGGGAGUAUUCAAGCAAAAGAGAAUGUAAGAGAGCAGGUGUCAGACAAUUUCGAUAGUCUCAAGCCUGGAGUUAGUAGAAGUGACAAUAAAGAAAGCAAUGACAUUUGCUUGAGUCACAAUUUGUUACAGAUUAAUAAAAGUCUGUCAAAACUCCAGGCUCUGAGCCAGUCACAGGUAUGCGAGAAAAGUGUGCCCACUAAUACCAGUGUAACCGCCUCUCAGAUUCAGUCUCCUCCCAUUUCUCCCUUUUCCACCGAUUGUGGCUUUAGUAACUAUUCUGAAGAUGUGCUGGAGUUUCCAUGUUUAAAUCUCGAAAGCUACGAUCAGAUGCCUGCACAAAACAACUUGGCAGGCUCUUUAAUAGAUUACUAUCCUGGUGAACCACAUAACACCGGGUCCUUCAGCAGCCCCUUUUCCCAAAGUCCCACUGAUGCAUGGGAUCCGGAGACCCCUUACCUAGGAUCCCCAAGCCCAGUGAGUAACUUCAGUAGUGAUGAGGAGCUAAGUUUCCCGGAUAUUGUCUUUGCUCAGUCUGACACAUCCUCAUCUAUUGGUGCAUCACAACUCAGUCUCUUCAAAGAUAAGCUCUGUAAUACAGCCACGAGUUCUGCUCCUCUUCAAGACCCCGAGAAAGAUCUGUACUUGUCUGAUGGCGAGUUGUCAAAAACUCCCAUAGAGCUCCAGGUCCAGGAAGUUUCAGCAACACAGUUUCUCCCCAAAGACUUGACAAUGUUUAACAAUGCAUCUACAAGUGCUAAACAGCCUGGGCACCCAAAUUCACGCCUGCAUCCUCAGGAUAAAAAGUUAAACUUUCUUGAUUCCAUUGUGAACUUGAAGUCCUCAGAGUCAGGCCUUGCUAAAAUUGACGUUAAAGACUAUGGACCUCUCAACCUGCAUAGCUCAAAGGCUAAAUACGAAUCUGUCUUUCCAAACCAGUCAACACAAAGUCUACAUGGUGCUGGACCUCAGAGUAACCUUGUUACACCCUUCCAUGCUGAUUAUCCAGGUGCAUUCAGCUCUGGUAAUGCACUUUUUCGUAGCAAUGACAAGAAGCUUCCUUUUUUUUCAAACCCCAAGAAUGUCUUGAAAAACGAGGAAGGCCAGAAUGCUUGUCGAGUUUCUGUGGCUGCAGGCAGCUCAAAAUCUCACAACAACCUGGAAAGCGUCUAUGCUUGUCCAGGUCCAUCAAGCUCUCACAGUGGAAAAGAGUCUUCUGCUAGAUGUCCUAAUGCUGGGUUCUCAAGAUUGGCUGAAAAUCUGCAAAAAAAACCAAAGAAUGUCCCUUCCAAACAGUACCCUGCUAAUCCCGGUCCGCAAGGUGAUCGCAUUCACCCUGUUUACUUUAUCAGCUCUAGCAAAACCACAACAAACUUUUUCAAGAACAAUGCAGGCCUAAAGUCCCAGAUCUCAAGAAAUGAUAAAGAUCCAUCUCUGUCCUCCGCGUUUUUAUUUCCCUCAUCUCAAGGUUCUCAAUCUUACAGUACAUCACAAAGCAAACUCUCAAAAUUGGAAAAACCCCAUGCUGUUGUGGCUCCCACUCAAAACACUCAACUUUCUGGAGUGUCUUCUAUCCAGCCCAAUAAGAAUCAGAUGUGUUCAAACAUUUCUCACUGUGAUUCUUCCGAUUUCAACUUCAGCUCCUCUCUUUCACCUCCUGCGUCGCAGCACAGCAGUCCUCAUCUGGGAUACAGAGAAUCCUCAAUCCAUGGGGUCCCUUUGAUUAAAACUCAGUCAACUACCUUUGAACACAGUCAAACUCCUCACCAGUCUUAUGUAGUGAACUUCACCGGAGAUCAUUCUCUGACCCUGGGCUACAGUGAGGAUGGUGAAAGCUUGAAUUAUUCUGGUUCAGGACCUGCAAAUUACACUUAUCAUUGUCUUAUGGAGCCUUCGGGAACUCAAGGAAGGCUGGUUGUAGAAGCGUGUGGUCCCUCAAACUUCUCACCUCCUCCCUCUGUGAGUAGGUUUGCAGGGUCUAAAGUCCACGCAGGCCAAAACAGUAAGGAUCAGCAGCAUCAGGGGACAGGAACUCACCCAUGUAAUUCUCUACACUUCUCCACCUCCCACUCGCAAAGCACCCCCAUAACGGAACGCAAGCCUAAGAGACUUAGGCUUGUGGUGACUGACGGUACAGUGGAUCUGGACCUACAAUAUACUGAUUAAUAACGACCAUUUGUCAUUGAUAUGCUGAGACUUUAUUUAUUUCAAACAACUUCAAUGUAAUAAGAUGUUCUUUUUGUUUUCAUUAAACUUGUAUUAUGUAAAAUGUCCUGUUCUUAGCAUCGAAACAGAUUUUCUUGAAAUAUUUAAAGACAUAUUUUUAUUAGCACACUUGCUCAGUUAUUUGUAUGCUACAUGAUGAAUUUUCUUUAGUACCUUAUUAUAGAAGAUAAUAUUUUCAUGCUAGUGGUUCUGUAUUAAAACAGAGAAAAAUAGAUAUUCUGUUCGUCCUGUAGUACAUUAGACUUGCCACAUGGUGGGGAUGUUCUCCACAAUGUGAAAAUUCUCUGUUUCCUCCUAGCCUUUUCAGUUCGGAGUUAGCAGUCUAGAUUGCAGAACAUGUGACCGAUCAUAUGUGAGAAAAAGAAGUGUGGCUGGCAACUUGCACAGUUCAGUGGGUUAGCACAUGAAGGACCAGAGCAGGGAGCGUGUGCUUUUAAUUUAGGGUUGUUUGAAAGCCCAUUUGUCAAGUUAAAUGAGAGUGUGCACCACUGACUGCACAAAUAUUUGUGAGACAUAUGACAAACACAUACUUUGAGCAGCUCUCAGGUGUCCUGUAUUUGGUUUAGGGGAUUCCUGCAUGUCAUUAAAGGACUGCAGCAGCUGCUACAUUAAAUGCAUAUUUCAAUCACGGCAAUUUCAGCAUCUUUAUCAUCUGUGGUGUCAUUUAUUUGAAUAGACUCCCAUCUUUUCCACACAAAUCAAACACACUUUGCAAGCACAAAUGUGUUUUGGCAUUGGAUGCCCUUUUUAACACCAAACAUUUGUCUAUAUCAGCUUCAUGGGGUUUUGUAUCAUAUUGGGCAUUGCUUUGGUACAUUGGGCCAAUGCAUAAUUACUUAGUUACCACUUGUAUUACUCUAGAGAGAUGUUUAGUGCCCUUUGGAGCUGAUCCUUGAUCAGACUCACUUAACACUUACAGAAUAUUGUUACGAUAAUGUACUGUAGUCCUACAGGCCACCAAGACCCAAAAGCUGACAUCAUCUCCAACCGUAUAUAUUGUGUUGGGUUUUUAGUUUUUACUUCCCCAGUACAUGUCAGAUAUGAAAUGCGUUUGUUGGUUUCUUCUCAGUUUUAAUAGUUACAGACAUGAGAGAGCCCUGGGCUGUCCUACAUGUUUAUAACGUAGUUUGUGUUAAGCCUUGGUCUAUGAAAAGCCAGUGUAUUAUAUUUAUUUAAAUAUGUUCUUAAAGGGAUAGUUC